CUUUGCGCAGGCUUAGUUGGAGGGCUCGGAGUUACGCCUUCGGGAAAUAUCGGAGAAGAUGCCGCGGUGUUUGAAUCAGUCCACGGUACUGCACCAGAUAUUGCUGGUCAGGAUAAAGCCAAUCCUACGGCUUUAUUGCUGUCUGCAGUUAUGAUGUUACGGUAUAUGAAUCUCACUUCAUACGCAACAAAGGUUGAACGCGCCGUAUUCGAUGCGAUUGCUGACGGGACAGCUAAGACAGGAGAUCUUGGAGGUCAGCAAUGA